GUUGAGUCAGUGUGUGAUGACAGCCAUACAGAGGUGAGCUGAUUAGCCUGUUGCGUUUGCCGCUGUUAGCCUCUGUUAGAGAAAGUGCCUUUGGAGUGGAGCUCACGCUGUUGGACUCUGACGGUAUCUACUGUAAAAAUUCUUCAGAGUGUAAGCCAAGAUGAUUUUGUCAUCAUUAAAAGGCAUUGGGAAGAAACUUCUGAGAGUGAAGGUUGUGGACAACAACACAGAAGACUCCCGCUUGUCUCGAUGUCUUAACACGUUCGACCUGGUGGCCCUGGGGGUCGGCAGCACGCUCGGCGCUGGCGUCUACGUGCUCGCUGGUGCUGUAGCCCGCGAGAAUUCGGGACCUGCCAUUGUUAUCUCCUUCCUCAUAGCUGCCAUGGCUUCUGUCCUGGCCGGUCUGUGCUACGCCGAGUUCGGAGCACGUGUCCCCAGAACCGGCUCGGCGUACCUCUACAGUUAUGUCACAGUUGGAGAACUGUGGGCGUUUAUCACAGGCUGGAAUCUCAUCCUCUCCUAUGUCAUUGGAACUUCGAGCGUGGCCAGGGCGUGGAGCGCAACCUUUGAUGAGCUUAUUGGACGGCACAUUGAGCUGUUUUGCAAACAGUACAUGCCCAUGAAAGCCCCCGGAUUCUUGGCAGAAUAUCCAGACAUAUUUGCUGUCUUAAUCAUCAUCAUUCUGACAGGACUGCUUGCAGUUGGUGUAAAAGAGUCAGCGAUGGUAAAUAAAGUAUUCACCUGCAUCAAUGUACUGGUGCUGGUGUUUGUGGUCAUCUCUGGCUUAGUUAAAGGAAACAAAGAAAACUGGAACUUGGAUCCUGAAGAAAUUCUUAAUGCCAACAGAAGCUCUGGUGCUAAUGUUUCUGAUUUCAUCCCUGACGAGAAACAUCUCGGUAAAGGCGGCUUCAUGCCCUUCGGUUUGACUGGAGUUCUUUCCGGUGCCGCAACCUGUUUUUAUGCCUUCAUAGGGUUUGACUGCAUUGCCACUACAGGAGAAGAAGUGAAGAAUCCACAGAGGGCCAUUCCUGUUGGGAUUGUGGCCUCUCUCCUCAUCUGUUUUGUGGCGUACUUUGGUGUAUCUGCAGCCCUCACUGUGAUGAUGCCUUACUACAUGCUGGACAAGAGCAGCCCUCUUCCUGUGGCCUUUAAGUAUGUGGGCUGGGAGGGAGCCACUUAUGCAGUGGCGAUUGGCUCUUUAUGUGCACUGUCGACCAGUUUAAUAGGCGCCAUGUUCCCAAUGCCCAGAGUGAUCUGGGCCAUGGCAGAAGAUGGCCUGCUCUUCAAAUGCUUGAACAAAAUCAACCCACGAACCAAAACCCCUCUAACAGCAACAAUAACAUCGGGUUUUACAGCAGCUGUGAUGGCAUUCCUGUUUGACUUGAAGGACCUGGUUGACCUCAUGUCCAUUGGGACUUUGCUGGCCUAUACUCUGGUGGCUGCUUGUGUGCUGGUCCUCAGGUACCAGCCCGGACAGCCCACUGUGGGCUACGAGAUGGCCAAUACCCAGGAUGAAUCUGAAAUUGCGUGCAGUGAUGGGAAUGUUGACAUCUUACCCCAGCCAGAGGAUCACUUUACCUUCAAGAAACUUUUUGCACCUCGAAACACUGAGCCUUCACCUCUGUCUGGCCUCAUCGUCAACAUCUGCACCAGUAUACUCGGUGUUUUUGUGUGUGUCUUCAGUGUUGUAGCAGUUCAGGGAGGGUUUGCACACUGGUCUCUGUCUGUCCUCAGCAUUAUAGCUGUUUUUUGCCUGAUUCUAAUCAUUAUUAUAUGGAGACAGCCACAGAGCAGAACCAAGCUUGCCUUCAAGGUCCCCUUGGUCCCAUUGGUCCCAGUCGUUAGCAUGUUUGUCAACGUGUACCUGAUGAUGCAGCUCGACAGAGGAACCUGGCUGCGUUUUGGUGUCUGGAUGCUCUUAGGUUUCAUUAUCUACUUCAGCUACGGUAUUAGCCACAGCACAGAGGCGUCCUUGACCAGGUCUGACACCUACGGCGCCAGCUGCACAAUGAAGGACGAGCACACGACCACAGAGAAGGAGGCCUUCUUACACGAUACACAAAACUCCACACCAGAAGAUGAAGACGAUUUCUGAGCUAAAAAAGUUUGUUUGUUUUUUAAAGUAGGGGUAAACGGCAUUAGGUGGGAAAAUAUGAGGAAACUGUUUGUCAGAUUGUUACAAAGAAAGUAUGUCGAUUUCAGGGAGAGGCGAGGCCAACAAAAAAACAAAACAGCCACAUCUUAAUGUAAAAAUGCCAUCAAUAGCUAAUUUAGACAAAAUGAAAAUUACAAACCCACAAUUUGGCUCCCCAACAACUCACAGAAAAAGGUCAGAAUUCAAACGGCAGCUCUCGUGUGCGAGCUUUCCCUGAAUAAAGAUCAGCAAGCAAAACGAGCUAACAUAAAACCUAACCUCAGCUUAGCAUAUCAUAAUGCAAAGCCAAACAGAGAGCUCUGAAAGUCCAUAGAGAGCACAUGGGAGGGGGGGGCUCAGCCGUCAGCCAAUGACAAGACGGGUGAAGACACCAGGAGCUAGUAAGAGGACCGAGGAGGAGAAGCCAGAGAGCAGGAGCUGGAUGCAGCAGAGUGUAGCCUUUACCCUUUUCUUUUAGGGGACUCUAACUUCUGUACUGUCAAAGAGAUUCAUUAAAUUAUCUGAAAAGCUGUAGCUGCACGUUUGGGAGACACAUGAAGCAAAACCCAAUUAUCAUGCCAGCCAAAAAAUGUCGACCACCUGAUGAUUGUAAAAAGGCUUCUUAGCCAAGUAUUUUAAUUGAAACAGUAUUAGAAGAGCAAAAUUUUAGUCAACAAAAAGCUUUAAAAAACUUUUUAUCUGAGCAUAAAUGCGUCUACAUAAACUUCAGUUUGGUUUCCUAACAGCAUAUCAGAUUUUUAAUGAAUGAUAUAUUUGAAGCUCAGAGCGUUGCUGCUUACCAAGCCUGAAAAUGCUCGACGUUUUUAUAUGUUGAUGGUGUGAAUUAGCAGAGGAGACACAGGUGAGGAUUUUACCGGAUCAUCGGUGCCUUUCGUGGGAAAUUUGAGAAAUCUUAGUUGUAAAUGUACCUCUAAAAUACAGCUUUUGGAGUUUUAACCGUAUGUUUUGGUAUUGUAUAGCUCAUAAAAAGACAACAUGGUGCUAUGAGUAAUGUUCACAGUGCAUCUGUGUGUGAGCAGGUCUUUCUGAUCGGUGGUACCAACAGAAACGCUUACCAGCGUAUGACUGUUGUAUAUUUUUUACUCAGCCAAAGAAAAAAAAAAAGCUGCUUAUUUGAAUUGAGUAUAUAUUUUAAGUGCAUGUUUCCCAAAUGAAUUUUUAGAGAUAUGAUAUUCAUCUAUCACUGUGUGCCUAUACACACAUUUUUAUGUAUAUAAAGUAAACUUAAGAUUUAAAAAAAAGCCUAUAUUUAUAAGUAGUUCACGUUCACCUGAUGAGUUACAGUCAGUUUGUGAUAUUGUCCACCUACAGUUUACAUGGCGAUAUCACUCACUUCUUUUGCUUGCUUUUAUUUUGAAAUGCUAAAGCCCAUAGUGCAUAUCCAGAAAGAGUGAAGAUCAAGCAGUCGUGUGGUUGUUACCCCCAUCAGGCCUGAAAAAGCCUGAUGGGGUACUGCCGAGCGUGCAGGCGGUGCGGACGAUAACUCGAGAAGGCGCUCUAAACCACGCCAUGGGUGUAUUUACUCAGGAAGGAUAUCAUUUAGGCGUCUCAUGUUGAUAGCUGAGCUGCAUCAAGUGACAAUCUGACACUCUGGAAUUUGGCAACGUCGACACAAUUUGUGCAUUUUCUUUAUUGUGCAGGUUUCUCAGUGGUACGGUGUGAUCUGUAGCUCUAUAAGGAGAGUUGACGUGUUUAAACAGACCUUUGACAAAUAUAACAAGCAGUGACUAAUCAAUGUUUAGUCAUCUAUACUGCCAUGACAAUGCAGAAUACAUUAUGAUUAAGAGAGCAUUAAGGCUUAAUAAAUUGUGUUUGCUUCUGGUGACAGAGGUGUUUCAGGGGUGACCCGGCAGGCAGGAUCUUUACCUGUCAGCCUAAAAAGACUUGCGGGGUAUCGCUGCCACCCCGGCAGGCAGGCAGGCAGGCGGCCGACUUUCAACUUGAAUGUGAUAACUUGAGAAAGAUGUGACCUCAGAUGUUCAAAUUCAUACCGCAGAUGCAUCGACUAAAGAUCUCAGACAAGUUGUUUCUUACCAGAAAGCGACAGUAUUCUCAGUGGUUUAUAUGAUGAUUUUAGCAUUCCUGGUUCUUACUGUUCACUUCUGAAUUAAUACAGUGGAUAAAGUCACUGAGGCACAUAUGCACUCCAUUAAGAUCUGCUGAUUUGCACUGCCUAAAGAUUCUGCUGCCAGGAGGCUGAGAGUUUACACCGGCAGUAUUUUUAUUGUGAAGGUUACUUAGUUUUGCCAAUAAAAGAUUAAUAAAAGAUUAUGACCAUGUGUCUGAAACUCACCCGGCAGGGUCACCUAGUAAAACAACAGCACUCAUUUCCUUGUGCGGUCGAAAGGAUGUGUUUUUAUGUUCCUGCGUGCACUAAUAAACAUUUCAGUAACAAUCAACAGCUUAGGUAAAAUCUUGUUAAAGAUAUGGAAACCAGUAUCAGAAAAAUCAGUCAUAAUUAUUUGAUGUUUCCAUUUGAUUUCUGUUUUAAGUCUGAAAUGUAACUGACAGGAGGCUGUUGGGGGUGGGGGGGGGGGGGGACUAAUAUGUACUCAACAGUAACCAGCUGAUGGCAACAACACUGUGAGGCUUUUUUCAGCUUAUGGUCCAUUUGAGGAGAUGUGUCAGAAUAAUUUUCAUAUUCCAGUCGCUGUAGAUGCUUUACUGGAGUAGUGUCAAAGUUCAAAAUACUCACCUUGUAAAUAAACAUGCAAAGUCUAUGCAUCAGAAAGUUACUUAGCAUUGUUUACGUGGCUGCUUGUGAGUCAGUAAGACAAAAAAAAAAGCAUUUAUAAAAGUUUGCUACAUUUUUGUGGUCUUUGUAAAUACAUUUUCAGCAUACUUGGGUUACUGCCUUUAUGUAAUAUCAAUGGGUUUGCUGUACUUGCUGUGGUUACAUGUCAGAAGGUCACAUCGUGCUUCAUCUGUGCUUUGCAUGCUCCAUAAAUGCAUUUUAUCAUGUUGAUAUUUCAUAAUGUUCACAGUGUACCAUGGGGUGAAAGCUGAGCAUAUGAUGUGAUAUCGGUUAUGCUUUGUAUAGUUCCUGCUGUAAAUAAAUAUUUCUGAAAGCUAAA